GCCCAUCGGGAGCUCCGCUGGUUAUUUCGGUGUCACAAUUUUGUCUAGUUUCAUCUGGCGACAUCAUGAAGAAACUGCUUUUACAUUAAUUAGCGGGUGGUCGCGGCCGGAGGAGGUAUUUUAUUCUGGGGCUGUAACGCAGAUUUUUCUGGCCCAUAUGGAGCUGAAAUCUGAAAUUGCUCAAUUUCAAGGACGGGCGCUUGGUCAUUUUUCACCGGCGAUUGAUUUGUGGUGAAAAAUUGGAUUACGAAACCACACAGUUGCGUUGUUUUAGUCAGAGACAGGCUGAGGGAAAUAUCACGGCAUAUGCCGCGCUUAUUAUACGCGGGUUUUGGUUAUUUGCGACGCAUGGUGUAGAUUUGCUGUAAGGAUGUGAUCAGACAAGAGUCCCUGGUUUCUCGCUCCGCUGUCUCCUAACAGUCGCUCAUGAUGGCCAGGGUUUUGCGGAGACUGGUCCAUUUGGUGCUCUUCUGCCCUCUGUCCAAAGGUCUGCAGGGUCGUCUCCCAGCCAUCAAGGUGAAGUACCUUCUCCUGGCAUGGCUGGGUAUCCUCAUCGCCAGCUGGGUUAUCUACAUGCAGUAUGCCUCUUACUCUGAACUCUGCCGUGGGCAUGUCUGCCAUAUGGUCAUUUGCGAUCAUUAUCGAAGGGGCAUAAUAUCAGGCUCAUCCUGCAAGGCGUUAUGUGAUCAGAGAACACUAACCUUUCAGCGAUGCAUGUCCACCUCCUCUACACAUCAGGUGUACAGUGGACAGUGGAAGGAGAGACCGGUUGUGAUCAAGUGUGGUAUUGAGGAUCCAGUGAAGAUUGAUGGGGCUCCAGACUCUAUACUGCGACAGGAGAUGAGCUUAUUUGACAAACCCACUCGUGGAACAUCUAUGGAUGAAUUUAAAGACAUGCUGCACAGUUUCCUCAAGGCUAACCUUGGUGAGCAGCCAUCUUUGAGCACCUUGGUGGACAGGGUGAUUACCCUGGCUGAUGUCAACCAGGAUGGCAAAGUGUCUCUAGCAGAGGCCAAAUCUAUCUGGGCUCUUCUCCAGAUCAAUGAGUUCCUCCUGAUGGUGGCGCUGCAGGAGAAGGAGCACACCCCCAAGCUGCUAGGCUUCUGUGGAGACCUGUAUGUGACAGAACGCGUGGGCCACAGCUCCCUCUACCGUCUAGAGGUGCCUCAUUACCUGCAGGCCCUGGUCCCAGAGGCCUUGAGCUCCAGCCUGAACCACUGGCUCGCACCAGCCUGGCCCCGCAGGGCUCGCAUCACCAUCGGCCUGCUGGAGUUUGUGGAAGAGGUAUUCCACGGGUCCUAUGGGAGUUUCCUAAUAUGUGAUGCCAGUCCUCGCCAUGUGGGCUACAAUUCAAAGUAUGACUGUAAGAUGGCUAACCUACGCAGUGUGGCAUCUGAGGCAGUUGUGCGGGGAUUUCUGAAGGGGCGGCGAUGUGAGACCAACGCAGACUGUACUUAUGCUCACGACUGCACGGCCACCUGUGAUCGACUAGUGAAGCAGUGUAAUACUGAGGUUGUACAGCCCAACCUAGCAAAGGUGUGUGUUCUGUUGCAGGACUUUCUGCUUUUCGGAGCACCUUCAGACCUCCGCGGGGAUCUGGAAAAGCAGCUGCGCACCUGUGUGACACUCAGCGGCCUGGCAAGCCAGAUGGAGGUGCAUCACUCUCUUGUCCUUAACAACCUGAAGACAUUACUGUGGAAGAAAAUUUCUAACACUCAGUAUUCUUGAAAACAGGUUGAGAUGAUCCAACUUUCCCAUCUACAUAAUGAGUGAAUUAUGAAGCUUUGCCAAAUGUUUUAGAGGGUUGAGGUUAUUAAUGUAUUUUCACUCUACACUGACUGUGUAUAACAGGAAACUGUGAAAUAAUGAAUAUAUAAUAUGAAACAGCAGAUGAUGCAGAAUCUUGUAAAACCCUGUACAAUCCCCAACAUGGUUUUAUUUUUCAAUUCAUUAUUUUGAGAAGCACAUUCAUCUGUUUAGACAUAAGAUUCUCAGGGCACUGCCUAUAACUUUAUUUGUAAAAUAAUCUGUACGUAAAUAAUCCGUUUUUAAAAUAGUUUCAUAGAAUACUCUUUUGUCUGUUACUAGUAGAGACGGAAGUGAAAUUGUGACACGGUGUGAUACUGUUUUUGUACAACUGUAAAUAUUAAUGGAACAUUUUUUGUGUAUAAAUCAAUCUCCAUCUGAAGCAGAUUUAAGAUUCAAAUAAUGGAUGGAUUUAUAUGCAGUAGCACUGAAAUGUCCCUCCUGGUAUUGAUAUAUAUCGAUUAUAUACUCAAAUUGACCUGAACAGACUGGAGUUGUUAAGGACAAUCAGACAUGAUUAAACUUGAAUGAACCUCUUAUCCAUUAA